AUGCGGUUAUUCGGUUUUGUCUAUCUGGUUUGGCUUGCUCUUCUGACGGGGACCCCACAGGUAUCAGGAAUCGAAAAUGGGAAGACCACCGAUGUGGCGUGGGACAAAUACAGUCUGUCCGUGAAGGGCGAGCGACUUUUUGUUUUCUCCGGUGAAUUUCACUACCAGAGACUCCCCGUUCCCGAGCUGUGGUUAGAUGUUUUUCAGAAAUUGCGUGCGAAUGGAUUUAACACCAUCUCGGUUUAUUUUUUCUGGAGUUAUCAUAGUGCUUCAGAGGAUGUAUUCGAUUUCACGACGGGUGCCCAUGAUAUCCAGCGCUUAUUCGAUUACGCUAAACAAGCGGGCCUGUAUGUGAUCGCCAGGGCAGGCCCAUACUGUAAUGCGGAGACUUCUGCCGGUGGAUUUGCUCUAUGGGCCGCAAAUGGACAGAUGGGCAGUGAACGGACGAGUGAUGAAGCCUACUAUAAAAGAUGGAGACCGUGGAUCCUGGAGGUUGGCAAGAUCAUUGCAGCAAAUCAAAUCACCAAUGGCGGCCCUGUUAUUCUGAACCAACAUGAGAACGAACUCCAGGAAACAACCUAUGAUUCCGAUGAUACCAAAGUCACCUACAUGGAGCAGAUAGCGAAAGCAUUCGAGGAAGCCGGGAUUGUCGUCCCAAGCAGCCACAAUGAAAAAGGUAUGCGCACGGUGAGCUGGUCGACUGACUAUAAUGACGUCGGAGGGGCUGUUAACCUGUAUGGGCUUGACUCAUAUCCUGGAAGCCUCUCAUGCACCAACCCAAACUCUGGAUUUAACCUGGUUCGUACAUACUACCAGUGGUUUCAGAAUUACUCUUAUACACAGCCCGAAUAUCUGCCCGAAUUUGAAGGGGGUUGGUUUCAACCUUGGGGUGGGUCGUUUUAUGACAGUUGUGCGUCAGAGCUUUCCCCAGAGUUUGCCGAUGUCUACUAUAAGAAUAAUAUCGGCUCGCGCGUAACACUUCAGAAUAUCUACAUGACGUUUGGAGGCACCAACUGGGGCCAUAGUGCAGCUCCUGUCGUUUACACAUCUUAUGACUACGGCUCCCCUCUUCGAGAGACCCGAGAGAUUCGUGAUAAGUUAAAACAGACCAAGCUGAUUGGACUGUUUACCCGAGUGUCGAAGGACCUGCUGAAAACGUACAUGGAAGGGAAUGGUACCAGUUACACUACCGAUGACAGCAUUUACACCUGGGCCCUUCGGAACCCGGAUUCGGACGCUGGCUUUUAUGUUGUGGCUCACAACGCAAGCUCAUCACGAGAGGUCACGGCUUUCUCAUUGAAUGUAAAGACAUCUGCAGGAGCCAUUACCAUCCCAGAUAUUGAACUUGAUGGCCGUCAAAGCAAGGUACUUGUCACAGACUACAGGAUUGGCAGUGAAUCCUCUCUUCUGUAUUCGUCUGCUGAGGUCUUGACGUACGCAACGCUCGACGUGGACGUACUUGUAUUCUACCUGAAUGCGGGUCAAAAGGGUGUUUUUGUGUUCAAGGAUGCACCGGCUGAUCUUGAAUACCAAACAUACGGCAAUUCAAACUUGAGUGCGUUGGAGACCAGCCAAGGCACACAAUAUUCAUACGUCCAAGGAGAGGGAUUAACAGCCGUGAAGUUUUCAAAUGGAGUGCUGGUCUACUUGCUCGACAAGGAAACCGCAUGGAACUUUUUUGCACCCCCUACUGUUUCAAGCCCGACGGUUGCUCCUAACGAGCAUAUCCUAGUUUUCGGCCCGUAUCUGGUUCGGAAGGCUUCUAUAGAGCAUGACACUGUGGAGGUUAUUGGUGACAACUCCAACUCCACUUCAAUAGAAGUGUACGCGGGCGAUGAGCAUGUCAAGAAGGUGAGCUGGAACGGGAAUCUCAUUGAUACCAGAGCAACCCCAUACGGCAGUCUUAUCGGGACUGUUCCCGGAGCGGAAGAUAUAGAGAUCUCCCUUCCUUCGCUUAGUUCAUGGAAGGCGCAAGAUACACUUCCUGAGAUUAGUCCAGGUUAUGACGACUCCAAGUGGACGAUCUGCAACAAAACUACGUCGGUCAAUUCGAUCGCUCCUCUUUCUCUUCCAGUACUUUACUCUGGUGACUACGGGUAUCACACCGGGACCAAGAUUUACCGUGGACGAUUUGAUGGACAGAAUGCUACCGGGGCCAAUGUUACGGUGCAGAAUGGCGCAGCAGCUGGAUGGGCGGCGUGGUUGAAUGGUGCGUACGUGGGAGGAUUUGCAGGAGACCCCGACAAAGUCGCAAGCUGGGAGGUGCUCAAGUUCAACGUUUCGUCUCUCAGAUCUCGCGAAAAUGUGCUUACCAUCAUCACGGACUACACCGGCCACGACCAGAACAGCCAGAAGCCUAUAGGUACCCAGAAUCCGCGGGGGAUCAUGGGGGCCACACUGAUCGGAGGAGGUAACUUUACGUUGUGGCGUAUCCAAGGUAAUGCAGGUGGAGAGAGGAACAUCGAUCCAGUGCGUGGCCCGAUGAACGAAGGUGGUCUUUAUGGAGAGCGGAUGGGCUGGCAUCUGCCAGGAUACCAACCCCCUGAGUCAGCCUUGGACAGUAGUCCCCUACAAGGAGUACUCGGCGCUGAGGGGAGAUUUUAUACUACAAGCUUCCAACUAGAUUUGGAGGAGGACUUAGACGUCCCCAUUGGACUCCAGUUAAGCGCAGCGGCUGGAACUAAGGCGAUUGUGCAGAUAUUCAUGAAUGGAUAUCAGUUCGGCCAUUAUCUGCCGCAUAUUGGACCGCAGAACUUAUUCCCAUUCCCGCCGGGAGUGAUUAACAACCGGGGACAGAAUUCACUAGCAAUUAGCAUGUGGGCGUUGACAGACGCGGGGGCGAGACUGGAGCAGGUGGAGCUGAAGGCAUAUGCAAAAUAUCGCAGUGGGUUCGAUUUCAACCGGGAUUGGAGUUAUCUCCAGCCGGAAUGGAAGGACCGGACGGAGUAUGCGUGAUUGAUGCAAGUGAACUUGAGUUCAAUGAAAGUUGCAUAGCUUGGAAGGGUAGUACUACUACUAUUAUUAUGAUUAUUAUUUAUUUAUUUACUUAUGUAUUUCUAUGAGAAAAAAGAGAGAGAGAGGGAGAAGAAAAAAGGGGAUCAAACGGAAAUCAAAAAAAGAGCCCCCGUUCCAUUUAAUAUUUUUUUUUUCUCUCUCCACCGCCAUUUGAUGCGCGGCUCCACGCUG